AGGAUCUCGGCCAAGAUGUGACAGCAGCGAAGGAAGGUCAGGAACCAAAUUGCUGAAGAGAAGGAGAAAGGAGCAGCUGAAAUGGCGAAGACUUCAGAUCUGGAGAGUGCCAUUAACACUUUGGUGAAAAACUUCCACGAUGCCUCGGGUGAUAAGAGCCCAUCACUAAAGGCAGAUGAAUUCAAGAACCUCCUUUCCUCACAGCUGCCUAACCUCAUCAAGACCAGCGGUACAGAUGCAGGUUUUGGGGAGGUGCUGAAGCAGAUGGGGGUGAAAGAUGGUGAAGGAAUAACCUUCGAUCACUUCUGGAAGCUGAUCCAAAACGUGGCUGGAUCUCAGUACGGCCAGCUCAGUCACGAGAAAGUGUCCAAAUGUACCUGCCUUCUAAUGUGAACACCAGACUGCAGCUAGGUCAAGAUGGAGGGAUUUUCCAGGAUUUUUUCGUUGAUCCACAUUUUCCCCACCAAACACUAUUCCUACACGAUUUCUUUAAGUUUUGGCUUACAAUAUAUUUGACCUUAUCUCGCCUACAUACAGUGCAAAUGUUAAAAUGAGCCGUGUUAAUCAUCUCACUAAAAAAGUAGACCAAAUCAAACCAUACGGUAAAACUGCACAUAUAAAAAAGUACCUGUUUUUUAUCAUGAAUAUUUCUCAAUGGGAUCAGCUAAGUGUUUUUAUACUGUUUGCUUUUCUAUAUACAAAACUAAUGUGUCAUGUAUCAUCAUCUUCAUACUCAGUGUGUUUAUGUAAAAACACAAAUCAGUUAUUUCUAAACUUCAUGUUCUUACUGUGUAUGUCUAAGAUUUACUCAGUGGUAUUGUCUUGACAUCAUUUUUCAUAUUUAUAUUUUGUAUUUCGUGGCCAAAAAUACAGUUUUAACCAUAAACAGUGUCAAAAAUAACACGUUUUUGUUCCAAACACAGUGAUUAUGGUUUUUUUUUUUUUUUAGUUCAGUUCCAGUAACACCAUGAGAUACACGUCCCUUACAAGUGUGUGUAAACUCAAAUUAUUUUCACAGAGAUUCUUUGUUUUUGGGGAGGCACGUAAAAGCAUCACCAGACAAUUAGUGAUUUUAGUGUGGAGGGCAACAUGACACUUGAGACUCAUUGGGUCAAAGUACAUGUCAGGACAAUCAACCACUGAGCAAACUCAAAUGUAUAGAAGUUAACGCUAACCACUCUGUCCAGUCCUUGUGAAACUAAUGCUUAGGUAAUACAUUUAUUUUCAUGUUUACUUCAAUUACUUUUAAAUGUACCUUAAAGAGUGGAAUACUUCAUACUCAAGUAAAAAAGACAAAUUAAUGUAUUUUAGUUACAUUCAUUUCUGUUUUAUAUGCUACUCCUGUACUGUGGCUAAAUCUUAAAUUGCAUUCUUAUGUAGUGCAUUAUAAAGUGUAAAACAGAACAUGUACAAACCUUAUUUCCAGAAAAGUUGGGACAAUUUGUAAAAUGCAAUAAAAACAAGAAUCUGUGAUUUCUCAA